AUGUCAAUACAUGAUCAAUAUCAGCUUGAUUCUUAUGACAAUGAUAUUAUAGCUUUGUCAAAUGAAUCAAAUGUGUCAGAUAUAUCAGAAAAUCCAAAUGACUCAGACAUUGAAUCAAACUCAAGCUCACCUGAACAAUUCACAUUACAAAAUAAUGGCAUUACUGUUAUUACUAAUAGUCUGAGUAAAAGAAUUCAAAAAAAAAAACUUUUACGCAUAACAAAAAAUCGAGACCUAGUAAAAGUUGAUAACAAAGAUACCUGUGAUCAAGAAUAUAAGUUAUUAACUGGAACAGGAAACUUAAAAUCUCAUUUAUGCCAAGUUUAUAGAAUUUUGCCUUUUGAACCAAAUAAUAAAAAUAACCAAUUGGUUAAUAUAGCUUCAAAUCAAUCAUCAUUGCAUGACUUUUUAAAUAAAAAAACACUCUUACUAUCUUCAAAACUAACUAUUCAUUGGAUCAGUCCUGAAUUUACUUUAUACCAAGCUUUUCUUACAAUCCAAAAGUUCGAUUACCCUCAUAUAGCUUCAACAGAUAAUGCAUUUUCGAUGACUAAAGCAAUGAAGCAGCUCGAUAUCAAGCAUAUAGGAGAUGGAUUUAAUAUUAAAGAAGUUGAUGAUUUAAUUAAUAAAGCAAAAUUAUUAAAUAAUUUUGUAAAUCAAGAUAAAUAUUAUAAAAAACUUUGCAGACUACAAGCCGAAUUAAAUCCACAGCAUCCAAUUAACUCCCUUUCAAGUGAUACUAGAACUUAUUGGAGUUCAAUUUACAAUCUUUUAAAAAACCUUCUUCUUUUUCGUAAUGCUAUUAUACAGUUAGCUGAUGAUUUAAGGCAAAACGAAUUAGCAAAACUUUUAUAUCCUUUUGCACAAGCAACAAAAUAUAUCAGAGGAAAUCAAUAUCCUACUUUAGGAAUGAUAAUACCUAUUCUUAUUAAGCUUUUAUGCCAUUUACGAGAUUUUUAUCCAACAAUAAUAUUGAUAACAGUAAAAGCUUGUUGCCGUAAAAUUAAUGAAUCAAUGCUAUCAAGAUGGUUUGAACUAUCACUUAAUAUUGAAAAUGAAGUGGCUUUUUAUGAUAAUCUAUCUCAAAUUCCUAAAUAUCAUAUUAAAGAUGAAGAAUAUAGUAAG